CGCAGACGCAGUGGAGAUUAAUCCACAUUGUCCCAAAUGCAAGCAAAAGAGUGGAGAUCUCCAUCAUGCUGGGUUCCAGUGCCCGUGCCUUUUAUGCUUAGGCCAGAUAAAACAACGGGUUUCGGGGCUGCCAUGGAGAAGAAAGAGGAGACGAAGGAGGAGAAGACGCCGACGCCACAGGAGCCGCCAGUUCCUCGCUCCUGCCGUAAGAGAUCCAAUCCAGAUGCAUCCUUCAUCCAGGACGUGAGGGAUCACUUGGACGAGUUCAUGAGCGCGUCCAUGGAGGAUCACAAGAAUUGCUUCAUGAACACGCUCGGCAAGAUGUUUGGAAAGCCGGCUCCCAAACAGGAGGCCGCGUCGAGCAGCAAUCCGCCGAUCGAGGGUGUUCUUGCGACCACAUCGAAGUAGGUGCUCGCUCUAUCAAGGGGCAAGAGCAAGAGCAAGGAAUGAGAGGAGAAAUUUUGCUUGUGAAUACACAGCUCGAGGGAUAGCGCUAUGUUUUAAUCAAUAAAGAAGCUUUUCUUUCUUCUGUGUGGCUCUACCUAGGGUUUGUAGGGUUUUAGGCGCCUGGCGAUGGCGCUCCUGGAUCGCUACGAGGUCGCCUCCACUGCGGCUCACAUCCAGCAGCACGGAUUCUCGCGCGUCGGUCUCCAGUUUCCGGAUAAUCUUCUCGCCGACAGCGUCGCCGUGACGAGCGCAUUGCAAAGCGCUUGCGGUUCUGGCGUGAGAUUCUUUAUCAUGGCGGACACCACGUUUGGCAGCUGCUGUGUUGACGAGGUCGCGGCCGCUCACGUCAAUGCCGAUUGCGUCGUGCACUAUGGCCCGGCUUGCCUUAGCCCUGUGACCAAUCUUCCUGCCUACUUUGUGUUCUUAAGAACUCCUUUGGAUAUAAAUACGUGUGGAGAAGUCGUAGCUGACCUUGUUGCUAAAGACGAACGUCUACUGGUUCUCUAUGAUCUUGAGUACGCGCACGCGAUUCCAGAGCUGCGAGAAACAGUCCGACAGGAAGCUCCAGAGAACUCAGGCCUGACGUUUGCAGAAAUUAUUGGCAGGGAACUAAAUCCUUGCAAGUGUGACGAAGAGCCAAUACUCGAUACCGAUGAACAUUCAAUAGGUGGCUUGAAAUGGAAAGGAUCAACGCCGACCAAGAUUUUGUGGAUUGGAAAGGAAGGCCCGGCAUUGACAAACGUGAUGCUCACGUACAACUCUGCUGCCACAGUGAGAUAUGAUCCUGCGAGCGGUGAGCAAACUAGCAUGUCCAGUCAGAGCUCGACUUUGUGGCGAAGGUACUAUUUAAUCGAGCGUGCCAAGGAUGCAAACAUUGUCGGCAUAGUUGUGGGAACACUCGGGGUUGCCGGCUAUAAGCAAGCUAUACAGAAUGUAAAGCAGAUGGUGAAGAGCGCAGGGAAAAAGUCAUACACUCUUGCAGUCGGGAAGCCAAAUCCUGCAAAGCUUGCAAACUUUCCUGAGUGUGAUGUGUUUGUCCUUAUAGCAUGUCCCCAGACGGCGUUAGUAGAUAACAAGGAGUUCUUUGCUCCUCUUCUCACCACAUUCGAAGCUCAACUGGCAUUUGUGAGGGGCAAACAAUGGACUGGCUCGUACUCCCUCGAUUUUCGAGACGUCCAGUUGCCCGCUGAUCCGCAAGACUCCACCACGGAAGAAGAGCCACGCUUCUCGUUUAUAAGCGGUGGCUAUGUUUCCUCAAGAACUGCGGUUGACAACAAGGACGAGGAAAGCAGCGGCGAUCUUGUCGCGGUGGGCAGUGACUCCUCGUCGAUUGGAACUCUUUCGACUGUCGGGAAAUCACCAGGAACUAGAACCGCGGCGGAUUUUUUCGCAUCCAGAAGCUUUCAAGGUCUGGAAUUGGAAGCCAAGAGCACGAAAGUUUCCAAAGACGGCGAUUUGAGAGCAGUGACAGGACGAAAAGGGCGAGCCGCAGUGUACGAAGAUGAGCAGUAGGAGUUACACUUUUCCUCGAUCUCGGGGAGAUCAAAUCCCGACCGCUCGUGUGGGGGACGGACGGUCGCGAUACUUUUUUAUAAUGGUAUUCCAUGGUAGUACACGUGA